CUUAUUGUGUAUACCCUGGAGGAACAGGAAGACUUGGUUCCGUUUUAAACCUUAGAUAAACAUUUUAACAGAAAUUCAGAAGAAAAGCAUUUCCUCUGGUUUCAUGUGAGCAUUUAUGAGAAGUUUAGAAAACUUAUUAUCUUUCACAUACAAGGAGAAGUUGCACGGGCUGCUACCACACGUGUCAGCUCAGCUACGGCGGAUGUUGACCCGCUUCUGCUAUUCCUUAUUUAAAUGACAUGACUAAGAGAGUGAAAACCGCUGCAAGUUUAUUUCCUGAGUGUGCCAUGAUGCAUUUGACUUGCUUCGCGCUACAGCCUGCUACACCCCGGAGGGUUUGUGACUGAUAGCAAAAGUAGAGAUUUUCAGCUGGGAUUAAUUUAAAGCACUACCAAAAUGGCCCUACAAUUUAAAGAGUCCUUCUGGGGGAAUGACUUCAUCAGCAACGUUGGUUAUGAAAAUCUUAUUCAGAGACUUAAUGAGGGUCGGCGUACGUGUAAGGAUGUGGAGGACCUCCUGAAAAUGAGAGCGUCGGCCGAGGAAAAAUAUGGCAAAGAGUUGGUCUCAAUUGCUCGAAAGGCGGGAGGUUCGGCGGAGAUUUGCACUCUGAGAGCAUCAUUUGAUGAAAUGAAAACACAAAUUGAAAACAUUGGAAACUUGCACAUUCAGCUCUCUGGGUUCCUGAAGGAAGAGGUGAAGAGAAUGGAGGAGUUCAGAGAGCGACAGAAAGAGCAGAGAAAAAAGUUUGAGGUCAUCAUGGAGAAGGUCCAGAAAACAAAAGUCUCUCUCUACAAGAAAACCAUAGAUUCUAAAAAGUCCUACGAGCAGCGUUGCAGGGAGGCGGAUGAGGCAGAGCAAACGGCUGAAAAGCUGGGUAACGCACCCACGGCCACUCCCAAACAGAUUGACAAGAUGAACAACAAAUCAAAGCAGUGUAGAGAAACUGCAGCUGAAGCCGAGAAUCAGUACAAGUCAAACAUUGAGCAACUUGACCGGGUUCGACAAGAGUGGGAGUCGACGCAUGUUGAGGUCUGUGAGAUAUUUCAGCAGCAAGAAGAAGAUCGCAUCAGUGUCAUAAGGAAUGCUUUGUGGGUGCACUGUAACCAGCUGUCGAUGCAGUGUGUCAAAGAUGACGAGUGUUGUGAGAAUGUGCGGAAUUCGCUUGAAAACUGUGACAUCAUCACAGACAACAACAACUUUGUGGAGAUGAAAAAGUGUAACUUGACGCCCCCAGCUCCGAUUGAAUAUCAAAAUUACUAUGAGAAUAAUGCUUCUCUGCAGAACGGCAGUGCUGGAUUUGUAGAGGGAGUCAAGAAAAGGAUUUCAAAUCUGCUGCCAGGAAGCUGUACAUUUGGCUCCAAGCUGACCAUCAAUGAAGGAGUGUCAGAACCUCCUGGAACAUCGGAUGGUGUAUAUGCUUCCAUUCCUGGAUUACAGCAUUUCAACCAGAGCACCAACGAGUACAAGGCUGUAUACGACUAUGUAGCACAGGGGCAAGAUGAACUCUCAAUAUCUGUUGGGGAUAUUGUGGUUGUGAUACAUGAGGGAGAAGAUGGCUGGUGGACGGUACAAAGAAAUGGUCAGUCUGGUCUGGUUCCGGGUUCUUAUCUCGCUAAGGAAUAAGUUUUCAGGCCAGCCCGUUUUACAUGUACAUUUCAGAAUGGUUUUGUACCUUGAAAUCACAAAGCAUCUUUGUGCCAUGCAUGCUUUCAGAAAAGGUCUCCCUGACAAACCACAGACCCUCCUGGUCGUAGAACAUAUUUCCAAAAGAAGGGCUAUUUUUUUUGUUCUUUACAAUCCUUUGAAUUAACGGUUGAUCACAACACACUGAACCACUUUAUGCCAAGAAUCCAAACUAAAGAAAUGUUACAUACAUACUGUAGAUCUGUAAAUAAUGGCACUUACACAUACAGCAGUUAGUGUAAACCUAAUAUACUUUGGGAUCAUCUUACUGUCUCCUUCUCAAACUGUUGGCAACUAAGUCGUGCGGAUCUUUUGCACAGAAACACGGGACUAAAACUUCUUCGCACAAUUUAGUUCAAUGUUGAGUCUGAAGUUUUAAAGGUUUUGUAUGAUUUCUGUUGUUGUCUUUCAUGUAAUUUAUGUCUUGUUUGCAAAAAGUAAAAAAAAGUACAUAAUUGUGAAGUUUCCAUUGGUAUUUAUAAGGCAUGCUAGUACUCAUAUUAAGAUUUGAACCUUUUGUAGGUCGUGUAUAUUAGUCCACUGCUGUCUUUAGUGUCUGAAAGCUCUUUGGUGAGAGGCCACUCAUUCGGUAGCUUUCAUUUAUAUAAACACAAGAGUCACUUUAAGAAUGCAAAAACAGUCACACAAGCGACAUGUAUAGGCAACAUUGGGGUUGUGUGAUUAAGCAGAGUUAAAAUAAACAUAUAAAAUAUGACAGUCUAAAUAAUAGCAAGCCCUAUUUCGGCUCUGGUUUUACUUAGCAGGAAAUAAAGAUCUGGUCUUUGACGCAUUUGAGAUUAUUUAUAUACACGUGCCUAGAAGCAUCCUGUGGACUCCAUGCUCUCAUUAUUAAACAAAGACGAAGCAGAAACUAGUAAAAGCUAUGCAAGAAAAAAUAUCACUUAUGUGAGUUGUUAAAACCACCAUGUAUUGAAUUAACUUAUAGUCCUUUGUGCAUAACAUCAUAAAGGUUAUCACAUUCUUAUUGGCACACUCUUCUCAACAUUGCUUCGGUUUUUUGAGGUUUGUGCAAGUUAUUCAAAUUAUACCACAGUUCAGUGGUGUCAAAGUCUUGGCUUUGGGCCAUUGCAACAUCUGCAUUCGUUUUGUGUUUGGGAUCAUUGUCCUAUUGAUGAGCCAGUUUGGACCAAGCUAUUGAUUAGAAGGCCUCACAUUUUACUCCAUAAUACUUUGCUAUACAGAGUGAGCGAUUGAGCAAAUGGCUGAAAAACGAGUCCAAAUUAUCUUCCACCACAUGACGUCUGAGGUAUGCUAAUUUUUCUUGCAGAUGCUUCGCACACUAAAGUCGAGUCACAAUGAAGAGGCAGUCUCUGGGCAACAGAAACAAGCCAUAUUUGUUCUGUGUAUUUUUAACAGAGUCCUGUAGGCUUUAAUAUGUAGCUCUGGGGUUAGCGAUUUUGCAAUUUCUCUGAGAAUUGUUAACCCUAGGGUGAAUUUGCUCAACUCUAAUUUUAUUGAUAUAACUGUAGAUGUUGACCAGAGCUAAACAGGUCAAUAAAAGUAUAUACACAAUUACAUUAUUUGUACAAAACAAUAUUGUUUAAGGCAGCAAAGUUUGACUGCAGAAAAAUUAAUCUUAAAUUGUUUGGAAAUGGCAUUUUAACCGUUCCCAGAAAAACUGACUGCAGAUUUCUGUCUGUCCUAGCAUUGGAUGAACACUUACCUUCAUGCACCAGAUGGGUCAACCAAAGAAAUCUCUUGAUUUUAUUGAGAUGAUCAAUAAAUCAACUGUGUUUCAUUGGUGUCAGUUGCCAGAUACUUUCCAAUUAAAUUCCAUGGAAGCAGCAACCUUUUAUCAUUUUGAUUUCAUUUGUGCUUCAUACAUUAAGUAAAUGGUACAAUCUGUUAGCUUUAAAAGAUAAUAGCAUAAUUUUUAAAGGUUACAGUAAAAAGAUGUGGUCUUUUCCAUAUCUGGAAAAGUCCACAUCAUCUCUGCUGCAUCCUGAAGAAAUCAUUGAAUCUAAAGUCUGAAUUUCAUUUUACAUAAUACUAUUUUGAACUGAGCUUCUUACAACUAGCUUGGGGACAAUCUGAGAAUUUUAGAAACUGAUAUAACAAGAAAACACC